CAAAAACUUUGCACCCAACAUUCAUCCUACCAGUUUGCUGAAAGGGGGAGGUUCACAAAGGAGGUGUGGGCAAUAUCAGACCCUAGCAAUCUCAGCUCUCGAAGAUCAUGACGAUCGUGUCUGCAUUUCUUUCGCCAGGUGUAGUGGCCAGCGAGCACGACUUGGCCUCCCUGCAUCUGAGACGAGACCAAUCUCUCCCUGUGAUACUUUCCACUCGAGCCACCAAUGCCGACGAUGAAGGCUACGCUGAAGGGGUCGUCACCAAUACUCGGUUCGGGUCGUACCCUCAUUCCACCAUAAUCGGAGAGCCAUGGGGAAGCCAGAUUCGAGCAAGCAUGGUCGACACUGGAUCUCGAGGUCGAAAAUCACAGCAGUCAAAAAAGCGAAAGGCGGAGGCGAUGGGUCAGGCAGACAAUGAGGAUGGCACAGCUACGAAAGACGCCGUCACCGCGAGUUCUGGGUUCGUCCACGUUUUGCCGCCUACACCUGAGAAUUGGACGACCAGUUUACCUCAUCGUACCCAGGUGGUGUACACUCCGGAUUACAGCUAUAUCUUGCACCGUAUCAGAGCGCGCCCGGGGUCAAGACUGAUAGAGGCCGGCAGUGGCAGUGGCAGCUUCACUCACGCGGCAGCUCGUGCUGUUUUUGACGGCUAUGCGAAGGACGAAGUUGCAGCAAAAGACGACGGUGGUUCUUCUUCUGCAAAAAUGCCAACGCCGACAGGCAAGGUGUUUUCAUACGAAUACCAUGCAGAACGACACCGGAAAGUCAAGGAUGAAAUGGUCUCUCAUGGUUUAGACCCGAUCGUCAAAGCAAUGCAUAGAGAUGUCUAUCGCGAUGGUUUUCUCCUCGAGGAUGAAGAAGGCAGUGCCGAGAAGGUCUCUCCGAGAGCUAACGCGGUCUUCUUGGAUCUUCCUGCACCUUGGGAAGCCCUACCUCACCUGACUCGAGAUACUCAGGGCGGCGCGAUUUCUGCACUCGAUCCCCAAUCUGCUGUCCACAUCUGCACAUUCAGUCCGUGCAUAGAACAAGUUCAGCGCACAGUGUCAGCAUUACGUCGAUACGACUGGCUGGACAUUGAAAUGGUCGAGGUGGAACACAGACGAAUUGAAGUCAAACGGGAAUACACCAGCAUGCAGUACGAGGGUAUGCGAGGUGUGAACGUGUUUGCAGUCGACGUCGACGAAGCGGUCGCAAAACUCCGCCAUGUAGAGCGACGCGCAAAGGAUUUUCAUGCCGGAAGCCUUGAGGCAGACAAGUCUACCAAGGCCAAGCAGAUGCAAGACAACGGCAACAACAACACCAAACUACCCUUCGACGGGGGCAGACUCGUUCAUCGGACCGAGCCAGAGUUGAAGACGCAUACUUCGUAUCUGGUAUUCGCGGUGCUGCCCCGCGCGUGGACGGAGGAAGACGAAGCUGCAGCUCGAGCUAAGUGGUCGAAGCAUGUCACAGUCAAGUCAAACGUGCCCAAAAGCCAGCGACAGCUGAAGAAGGAGGCGAAGUCGAGGACGAGAGGGGUGAAUGGGUCGAACGGUGUCAAGGGUGAGGUCGAGACAGCAACAACUGCAGAGAACGGUGAAGCGAUGGAUGUCGAAGUUGCUGAGUAAGACAUAUGUACCGCCUCAAGCAAGAUCGAUAAAUGCAACCCACAGGGUUCGAGACUUUGACACCUGAGUCAUAAUCAUAGCCACCGCCAGCCAGAGCGAUACAACGUCCGUCACCCUGACACGUGACCAUGGAACAAAAG